UUCUUACCUCCAUGGAAUUAUAUUCGUGAGUGUUUGUGUUUGCAAACAUUAAUAGGAAAUUUUAAAUAUAACCUUUGAAACUUUUAGAUCAAGAUCAUGAUCAAUAUCAAGACGAGGCGACUGAAGUCAAGCGAUGAACACUUAAUGUUACAUUAUUAUUAUAAAUAACGUUUUUGAACAUACUUUUGUUUGUAUGGGCGUUUUAGUGUUUUGUAGGUGUUGUGAAAUUCACAUGGAAAUUUUUUUCUAAACGAAACAGCCACUUUUUUUUUUAAAUUAGAAAUUCUGCUCAAAUUUAGGUGCAGCAGUGGCGUACCCACAAGGAGGGGCAUGUAUAAUGAGCGGCGCAAGUGUUCUGCCUGUAGACUGCCGUAGCGAAGUACGGGUACAUCAGUUGUAUGUUGCGUGCUCGAGAAUCGGGAAACCAUCAGUGCUACUCGUUUUCUCUCAGGAUACUCCAAGACCUGUCAGUGGAAGAAGCAACAACUUAAUUGGAACAUUUUUCUUAGAGUACCUAUACAUGAAGAAUAUAACUUUGUACAGCUCAUUACGAAGACUGGAAAUGUUAAAAUAAGCAGUCCUAAUAAGAAGGAAGAAGAGACCAAGUAAUGAAAAAUAACAUUGUUCAUUGUUGCGGCUAGAGACAAAUGGAGCACAUUUGAUACAUGUCACAGAAAACUUACUCCUCGCCAUAAAUUGUUGGCUAAAUGUUACAUUUCCAACUGUCUGUCUGAAUUUCAGUUAAAAGAAAUUGACGAAGGUGAAUGGUUGGCCGGCGACGACUUGUGUGGAACAUUGAGAGGGGUCGUUCUGUAAGACUUGUGAACUGGGAGGUUGGAGCUGCUAUUUGUGAGAUCCUCUCACAGUUAUGGAGCAGGAGAAAGGGAAACAGCCUGCUCGUAUGAUUGGCUACUGGAUGUCGGAGAAGAAGCGGCAGAAGUUGAACUGGAAAGAAUUUGCAGCUGUCUGCAGGAAACAGGGAUUCGAUUUGGUGAAGUUGGACUUGAGCCGACCCCUGCAAGACCAGGGACCCUUCACCGUCAUUCUGCACAAGCUGACCGAUAUCAUAGCACUGGCCGAGAAGGGAGACAUACAGGCGCGGUACAUGAUCGCUAGAGUGGAGGCGUACAUUCUGGCGCACCCAGAGGUGGCGGUAAUCGACCCUCUGGACAACGUGCGCCGGCUGCUAAACCGCUACCAUUCCUACAGUCUCAUCCACAACAUGGACCUGGAACAAGAGAGAGUAUUCACGCCGGCCUUUGUGGAGCUGACAUCUGUUGAUCGAGAGGCAAACAUCAGGAAGCUUACAGCUGCAGGCAUUCAGUUUCCUUUUGUUUGCAAGCCAUUAGUUGCCCAUGGUUCCAGUGAUGCGCAUAAGAUGGCUCUGAUAUUCAGCGAGGAAGGUGUGAAAGACUGCAAACCACCAUGUGUGGCCCAGACAUUCAUCAACCACAAUGCUAUCCUCUACAAGAUAUACUUUGUUGGAGACAAAUACUCUGUCAUCGAAAGACCUUCACUUAAAAACUUCCCUAGUGGAGUUGGUGACAGACAGACAAUAUUCUUCGACAGCCAUGCAGUGUCGAAAGCAGAUUCCACUUCAAGCCUCAAUGUCCUGGAUCCAGAAGACCAGAUACAGCCGCCACUUCACGCAGACUAUUGCCGCUUCCAGAGCAUCGUAAGGACACUGCGACGGGAGCUGGGAAUGUCACUGCUGGGAGUCGACGUGGUCAUAGAGAAUGGCACCGGCCGCCACGCCAUCAUCGACAUCAACGUGUAUCCAGGAUACGACGGCUACCCCAACUUCUUUGAGGACCUGAUGAGCUGCAUCAUGGAGGUGGUGGCAGGUCGAGCAGCAAUCAGCGUGGGGCGACCAGGGCCGAGGGCGUGCGCGGGAGACUUCGACGACUCAGGCUUCGACACCAGCGACUCCAGCGACGAGAAGAACAAGCCUGCAUCCAUUAGGAAGUAGGCCAUGCUUGCUUCCAGCUCAUACCAUCACUUACUAUACUUAUUGCUUACUAUGAUUUACACUGUGGACAAAUUUUUUUUGAUGACUGGCUGGCUGCUGUAGUACAGAUAAAGCCGGAAGUUAUGUGGCUAAGACUUUUCCUGCAUGGAACCAUGUUGUGACCGCAGCCCUCAUCCCGAAAGAAGAGAGGGAGGGGCAUUCUGGGAAUACCACAUGUUGUACAUUAUUAGUUACAAUCUGCUCUUUUUGUCAUUAAUUCAUAAGAUAAAAACUUAUUCAGCAAGUGACAAAUAAAUUAUAAAUCUGUAAAAAAUAAGAUGCAAAAAAGCAGAGCAGACCAUAUUAUACGGGUGAGUGCCUUAUGUUCGUGGUAACUGUCGUAUUUCUAAAUAAGUGGAAUUGUAUUUAAAACAUUGCAAUUUUUGCGCAUAUUUAGUGUUUUAGGCCUUUUAAAAGUGGGAGUCGAUUUCCAAAAUUUAUAUAUCGGAAAAUAUAAAUAAAAACCUUUUUAAGAAUAAUAUUUUGAAGAAAAGUACAUUUGGACUACUAAAAUUUAUUUGUUGCAAUAUUUAUUUAUGUGGAAAUGUUGAGAAUGCAUUUAAACAAAUGAUUAAAAUGUUUAUAAUAUAAGUGAAGAUAUUUAUGAGUAAAUAAAACAACAUUUUAAUUGUUUGAUGAAUUUAUUAUUAAUUUUUCUCUUUCUAUCUGCGUGACAUUUCCUGCUGAUUUUCUCUUUUUAUUUGCACGACUCUUCCUGCUGGCCUUAUUUUCCUCUGUGACGAUAGUUACACACAUGAAAUGGUAUCUUGGGGGCUUACGGGAAUAUUUCCAGUCAAGUCCGUUAUGUUAUACAAUUGCAGCAUUUAAAGCUGAAUUCGUGUACGACACUUCCUUUUGGCGCUCACUCUUUUUAUCAUACAUUUCUAUAUUAUGAAGUAUGUAAUUUCUUUGUAUUUAAGUUUUGUGAUGAUACAUUCUACUCGCAUUAUUACUACAUGAUUGUUUGUUCAGUGUGCUAUAUUUUUAAAGAUCACAAUUGUUAAAUGGUGUGUAUUACUGACUGUCACUUUGUGUUUGUUUUUUUCCUUUUCAUUUCAGCUCCAAGUAAUUGGUAAUUAAAAUAUUCAGUUUUCUUUAUUUUAUAGCUUGUGGUACUUCGUUGAAUCAAACUUCUUGUAACAGGUGUAUGCUCAUCAAUUUACCAAAAAAAAAAAUUUUUUUUUAAAAAACUCAAGCUUACAUUUAAUUGUGUACUUUUGUUUUUAUACGAGGGAUGUUCCGAAAGUAAGUUUUGUAAUUUUUUUUACAUUGAAACUAUUAAAAAAAAUAAACCAUGACAACAUGAACUAUACACCUUGCACUAUUUUUUGACAUAGUCGCCACCGACAUUGAGACAUUUGUCACAGCGUGCAAUCAAUUUGAAGAAACCAUCCUGUAAAACUUGGUGCCCUGUGAUGUAAGAAAUUGUCGCACAGCCUGCUUCACUUCAGCAUUGUUUGUGACGUCCCGAGAGUGCAGCUUUCAAAGCAGGUAUAACAGCACGCACUUCCAUUGGCAAUCAUGUUGUCAGUAGAUGUCUGUCUGCCAUCGUGAUUUGUACUCAAAUAACCUUGGGUAUGCCAGUCUGCUGCUACUCUCUCUUAUUCGGCACACUGCGAAUCUGUCAUUCCUCCUCGGCUUACACUACUUCCGUCGUUGAACCAGUAACGGAUGUGGAUUCUUAAGGAGAUUGUUUGUUUCACCUGGUGUACCAUCUCCUCUUUAAAAAAAAUAAUGAAACUUACUUUCAGAAGGUUUCUCGUACUUAAGAUGUUAGACGUGAAAUCAAUGAUAGAAAUUUGACAUUACAUGGCUGCAUAAAAACGUAACGUCUUUCCUAAGUUCUUGCAAUAAACAACAGGCUUUUUUAAUUUGUAAAACAUAUAUAACUAUUUAUGUUCAUAAGAAUAUAUUCACACAAAACUAAUUUGAGAUCAUGUACUAAAAUAAUUUUUUUAUGGAUAACAAUUUUUGAAGCGCAAACGGAAUUUUUAAAUAGUUAAUGUGCUGUAGGGUUAAAUCCUGCUGUUUUUAAUUUAUAAUUUUUUAAAUUUUUAAUUAAUGGUUAAAUAUUCAGUUUUUUGGUGCAAUGGGGCAUAAAUAAUCAUUUAUAAAGUUUUCUUGAUUACUUAAAAUAAGUCUAGCCUUGAGUAGUUUUUUGUAAGUGACAACAGCUUGUAAUAAAAAAGAUUGAUAAAUUUGUAAGGAUGACAGUGUCAGUAAUUACCUACCUACUAUAAAUCUUCAGUCAAACAAGAUCUACCUCGAAAAAUGCACUCUGUAUUGCCCUGUAGAGUGCCGUAAAAUCUCGACGUGUAAUUCACCUAAAACGUGGGAAUCAAUUUGUGUCAAAUUUUGUACCAAGCUUAAAAUGUCUGUAAGUCAACAAAGAAAGAAUUACUGUCAGAUUAGUAACCAGAACCACCUUUACUUUCAAUAGUUACUGCAUUAAUCAGAACGCACUUACCUCUUAAUUUUAAAAUAUGGUGUAAAUUUCUUUUGUGUAUGCACAUUAAGGUAAGGGAUGUUCAAUAUUUGCUGUGCUAUUAAGUGAUAAUGUUAUUGUUUUAAUUUAAGUUUGUAGUUAUUAAUAUUAGUAAUAUAAUUAGAAACAAUAUAUUAUGUAUGAUAAUUUAUUUUUGAUAAUGCCAUAAGUGAUAAAAUUGUUAACUGGCCCAUUAUGCCAAUAUUUGGAUUUUUUUUGUAGAGAUUAUUGUAAAUUGGCAUCAAAACAUUUGCUUAAUAGAGUGAAAAUUGGGAACCAUAGCUAUCUAAUUUUCAAUUUUGAUUAUUAACUUUGCUAUCAGGUAUAUCUGUGUCAAUAAGGAUAUACUGGAGCCAAUAUUUCUAUUUCAUAUUUAGUUUCUGCCUAUUUGAUAAAACAAAAUUAAGUGCAGAAAAAUUCUUAAAACAUUUAUCUGCCGUGACAAUGUACGUAGUACAUUUAUUUUGUUUCAAACACGCUAAAUAACAAAAGAAACACACAUCAUAAUUUCUGCUAACAACAAGAGCAUAAGGUGAAACUAAACUAUGGAACAUCUUGCUCAUGCCUUACCUGCACCUUCUCUUUAUAUUUGUGAAUAAAAUCAUAGUCAAUUUUUUCCUGUGUACACAGCCGUGCUGUUCUCGCAAUCUGCCUUACUCAUUCAAAAUGUGACAAUUUAAAAGAAAUUAUAACUGCUAGGCAUAUAGAAGAGUGAAAGUAAGUGAUGGCCGGAAUACUUAUACUUUUAAGAGUGUUUCUGUGUGAUAUUGGUUUUCUGUAGUUUGGAAGGACCUGAUGAAAUGCUGUUUUUUCUCCAGUCUCAACCGCUGACACGUAUUGACUAAUUUUUUCCUUAAGUUGGAAGAAGCUUGAGCCUCUUCAGGUUGUGGUACGUUCCUGCCAAGGCUCUGUUAGUUGUUGGGGAUGAGAAAUGGAGCAGGUUAUGUAGUGCUUUGUUGAGGGGCAGGCAUAGUGAGAGGCAUCAUGGCACUGAAACUAGCUUAAAUAGCUAGGAGGAUUUGGUAGGCCCUUAUUAGAUGAAAGGUUCUCGUGCGAUCAACCAGCGAGCACCGAUAUGUGAGGGUUUUCGAACCAACUAACUACAUAUCCGUUUAUAUCUUAUUGGCACUUGGAAAUCAUGAGCUAGAAACACCCGAUAUAACUAUAAAAUCACUUGCAUUGGAGGUGUGACCAAAAGCCAUUACCGUAUAAACCCACGUACCACCCGCACCUUUUUUAAAAAAAUCAGGUUUGAAAAAGCAGGGUGCUGGUGUUACAUGAGUCUUGGGCCAUUUUUGCACGGUGGCGAAAUAACGCCGGCGCGACUGGAGGUUUCUGCGAUAGGCAAGAGGGGUAGGGGAAAAGGAUGAGAAGGAAGCGGCAGACAGUCAAGGUCACAUUCCUCACAGCGUUGUCACACAGCAGCUUCGCUGGUUACAAACGCGCGCUCCCACGCACUGUCCUAUCCUCAUUUGAAAAGUACCCAGUGGUUUUACACGUGUGUUGGCUGCAAGUAUUGUAAUGAAUCGUAAAAAGUUGCGUUCUUUCACAGUUGUGGAAAAAUUAAAAAUAAUCAGUGAAACGGAAGAAAUCGGUAACUGUGCUGCUGGGCGAAAAUAUGAUGUCGACAAAUCAUGUGUGAGGGAUUGGAGGAAAAGUAAAGACAAACUGCUUUCGGCCAGUGGCGAUAGACGUGUGUUCCGUGGUGCGGUAGCAAAGUUUCCGGAGAUAGAGGAAAAACUCUAUGACUACAUGCAGAACAGACUGCAAUUCGGGUACGCUGUAAGCACGGAAAUGUGUUCGCUAAAGGCACUGCAAAUUUCUCGUGAACUUUGCGUGGGUCGUAAUACCUGGAGGAUUAACUUCAGUUUUGCAGCCCCUUGACGUCUGUAUCAAUAGGCCGUUUAAAAUGCAUCUGAAGCGGCAAUACUCUUGAGUGGAUGGCGAGCGAAAACCACAAAAUGAAACCGACCGGGAGAAUAAGGCGACCAAGCUUGUAUCUUGUGUGUCAGUGGAUUCUCAAUGCCUGGUCUGCGAUACCAGAAACAUUAGUCGUAAAGAGUGUUAAAAAGUGCUGUAUUUCAAAUACGCUCAACGGCACGGAAGACAAUUGCUUGAGCUCCGAUGAUGAGUGCUCCGACACAGCAGCAGUGUGGACAACAGCUGUGAGGAAGUUUAAGUCCGUUCUUGGCCGACGGCUGUGACAUCAUAUUAUUCUUUUGUUAAUUUUAUUGUCUGUGUGAUUUUGUACGUCACUUUUAUUUAAGCCUAAAUAAAUGCUGUAUUUGUGUUAACCUAAUUUAUAUUUUUAUGUAGAAUAUGCCACAUUUAGACACAGAGUUUUUUAUUUUGCAUGUAAUAAAAAUAGUUUUUAUUAUGCGUGGCUAGGACUCGCGUGCUUUAUGGUUAAUUUGUUUGAACGAGGUCAUUGCCCAGCGCACGAUAAUGGACACGGAAGAUUGUAACUGUAAACAGCUGGGAGCUGGGCAAGGUCAUGCGCACACACGGCGUGUUGUUAUCGAUCGCGCACGCCGAUGCCACAUUCUACUCGCGCGAUGUUGCCACAUUCUACUCGCGGGAUGUUGCCACAUGCAGUUUCCUGCCUUCUGUAUACUUUUAACACAAGUGCCGAGGCUGUAAUAAGUAGCAUAGUACUUUUUUGGUAAUUCUUUACGAUUUGUUACUGUUUGAAAGGAAAAGAAAUACAACUAAAUUAUUUUUUUCCCAUGCAGUUUUGCAAUAAAAACAUUUUUUCCCACCAUGGCAUUCUAAAAAUAAGGGUGCGGGUCUUACCCGGGGGCGGGUGGUACGUGGGAUUAUACGGUAUAUAGUAUUUGUAAAUGUGCUUGAAUAUGUGUUUGUACAUGUGUUAACAUAUGAAUUUGUGCAUGAGCAUGUACAUGCUUGGUUGCACAUUUAUGAUUGUAUGUGAACAUGUGUACACAGGAAUGUUUUCAUUCAUGUAGAUAAAUAAUGGUUUGUGUACAUUAAUGUGUGUGCUUCAGUGUACGUGUGUGUAUGCGCAUGAAGAAGCUGUGUGCACGUGCAAGCAUGUGUUUUGUGAUAGAUAAAGCCAGUCCACCACAGCUCUCAGAAGCAGCAGAUUUGUCUGAUUUAAAUUAAAAGAUAUUCAUGAUAUGAAAAUUUAUACUAUUUAUAGUUUUAUGUUUGAACACACUGUAGUACCUAAUUUAAAAACAUUAUAUCAUAUAACAUUUGAUCACCAUAGGUUUGAAUUUUAAACAUUUUAUUGUUUAAAAUCAUGUUUUAGAUCCUGUAAUACAAUUUAUUAAUCUAACAUAACAGCACAAGUGUAUAUAUCUUAUUUUUUUGUCUCUUUAAUUAAUGUUUCAUGAUACAUAAUGUUUUCCUAAAAUGAUAGUUUUUUUUGAGAAUGUAAAUAUGUAAAAUGUAAAAAGAUCAGUUUGUAGUAGUUUUUUUUGAGAAUGUAAAUAUGUAAAAUGUAAAAAGAUCAGUUUGUAGUAUUCAGUGAGUGAGUCAUGUUUGACCAGCCCCUGUGGUCUAAAUUCUAAGGGACAUCGCUCUUUACUCCUACUCCUAGUCGUGGAUUUCGAGUCAACUAAACCCCUAGGCUCAAGGCAGGGAUUACAAAGAAACCCAUAAAAUAUAAAACAAGAAUUAUUUUUCACUCACCAUUGUGUUGUUGCUAUGUUCAGAGCUGUUGGGUACUGCUUUGGCUUCACACAAACAUUUUUAAUGUGAACUUCUUUAACACUGUCUAUUGUUUUUAAGGUAGAAAAGGUUGGGCAUGUUAAUACGUGUAUUCCUUUUCAUUGGGUUGCCGACACAACAUCAGCUGUGAGGUUGGCUUGAGUGCUCAAGCUACAUCCACAUAUUUUUAAGGUGUGCUUACUGACUGCAAAGCAAUGCAGUGAACCUCUGUAAAAUAAAAUGUUUGUUAAGUACUGUUCAUAACUGUAUCUAACACAAGGCAUUUUCACUUGUGUAUACCAACAUUAUGCGUAUACUUCAGAUGAAAACUCCUUUAUAAAAAAAGACAUUGAAUUAACAUUUUACAUUAUAUUUCUUUCAAAUAGUCUUAAUGUGAAAAUGUUAAAAAUCGAAAAAUAAGUUUUUAAAAUUUUUUAGAGCUCAAGUAAUUGAAAAUAUUUAUAUCUAAAUUAAUGAAAAAAAUCCCAGCAUAAAAUAUGAAAUGCAAAACUACGCUACGAAUACUGGAGGUUACUGACAAAGCAAUGAUAAUAUAACUAUGAAGAAUUCACAGUUGCCACACUAUCUUAGUGUAAUGACCAGCACAGUUGUGUGCCAUUAUGGAAUUGAGUACAUCUCUAAUAUGAAUGCAACAGUUGUAAUAGUUCCUUUAUUCAGGCAUAUUCCUUGCACUUUUAGUGUCAAACACAAGAUGGGGUCCACGAACAAAGUAGAAUCCUUGUUUUGAUACACAUCUUGAAAAAACUUUGUAAUAACAAAUAAAAAAAAUUCAUUCUUUGUUUUGUUUGUACAGGUUUCACUGUAUAUAGGACUAAGCAACUAAGAAACAAUAUCAUUUAGGCUUUCUUAAGUUUUGUUGUUUUCAAAUGGUUUACUUUUGUGAGCAUUUUUUCAAGCUUCGAGACUGUUUGCAGUUGCUGUAGUAUGAUAGAUAGUUUUGGAAAAUACAGUCUGUACAAAUGAAAAGUUUGAGUUUUUUUAAGGAGGUUACACACCUGUUUUGUUUUCAAACAAUGCAUAUGAUGAUACUAUGUGAAAUUCUUAGGAAUGAUAUUAGUAGUUGGUGAUAGCAUAAAAACUUUUAUAUAUUGAUAUAACAACAGUAAUAAUGUACUAACUUAGCAUAUUUGCAAAUAAUGUAAAUUUUACUCCCAAAAAUCUUAACUUACACUUUAGUACAGCAAUAUACUUGCUGCAAAUUUAAGUUGUAAUAAUAUUAAAAAAAAACUCUAGGUUGUGUCCGUAUAAUUUUUUUGUAUAUAUGGAUUACAUGUAUUUUUAUAUUGUAAUUUUUGUAGAUUAAAUUUUGUAUAUAUUUUGACUUGUUACCAAAUAAAUUCUUCAG